AAUAGAAGUUAAUAAGUUAUCAUUUAUAAAUAGAUCAGCUUUCUCAAUUUUUUAUUAAUUUUGCAUAACAUCGUUUCUUAUAAAUAGAAACUGUUGUAUAGAAAGAUAUACCGUCAUUUACAAAACGAUACAGUUAUAUAGAAAUAUAUACUGCCAUUUUUAACAUUAACUCUUAAAUACAUCGGGUUCACAUUUCUUCUAAAAAAAAUAGGAAAAUUUAACGGGAAUAAUCCAACCUUUUGUCCGUUCUCCCAUAUUAAUCCCACCUUUUGUUUAUUCCUAAUUAAUCCAACCUUUUACCCCCUUUUUCUCACAUCAACCCUUGCUAACUGGAAACCGGCUACACAAGUGAGGGUUAUUAUUAUGGACUUAUUGACUUUUGGUUUUCUUCCCAAAUGAAUGAAACUCCAUUACUACUCCAACCACGACGGUCACUAUCACCAUCACCAUCAAAAAUCGAGCACCACCUCCAUUUACUCCUCUCUAUCCGUACUCCAGUCACUAUAGUCUUUCACUCCCGAUUUACCUGGUGAAAUCAUCGAAGACUUUCGCGCAAAAGAUUGUUGUGGGUUCUCGAAUCGAAGAGCGUCAAAUGGAGGAUAUGGAAUCUGAGGAAGGCGGUGACGGUGUGAAUUAUAGUGGAAAUUUUGUCACGGAUACGUUUUUUCCUACAUUUGACGAUGUAGUUACAUGGGCUGAUGGUGUUUCCAUAAAAUUGGGAUUUAUAUUGGUGAAAUCGUCUUAUAACAAAAUCAGAGAUGGUCGGCCGUAUCGGUAUUUGCGAUAUGAUCGGUCACGAAGGAGCAAGCCGAGAGAUUUAGAGAACGCGAUACGGAAGGACACCAAAAUCAAAGCUAAUGGUUGUCUAUUCUACAUCAAGAUAUAUUAUGAAGUCAGCAUCGACAGUUGGAAGAUCAUUGCGAAAAAUGAUCACACCGGGACACAUAACCACCCAAUGAUUGUGUACCAAGAGGGUCACCGUAAAGUGAGCGGAUUGAGUCCGGGUGCAAAACAGGUUGUGCGGGACAUGACAAAGUCCAAGGUUACUCCCCGUAACAUCAUGUCCACUAUUGCCGAGCAAUUUCCUGAUGAUCAUCCAAACAUCCGACACAUUUACAAUUGCCGAAAUGACUUCAGGAUGGAGAUGUCCGAAGGAAGAGGAGUUGUUCAGCAAUUUCUUCAUCUGGCGAGAGAGAGUAAAUACAUUUACUGGGUCACAAACGAUGAUCACAACGUUUUGCAACAUGCAUUUAUGGUGCACCCGAUCAUGGUCAACGUACUCCGCACAUACCCACAUGUCAUAGGUAUGGAUUCUACUUACAAGACUAAUCGAUAUAACAUGUCUUUCUUUGAGGUAGUAGAUGUGACAUCGACAAACCAGAAUUUUCUAGUUGGAUAUGUUUUCAUGCGCGACGAGUGCACGGCUAGCUAUCGGUGGGUGUUGUAGAGAUUAAGGGAGUUGAUUGGGUUUGAUAAAGAGCCAUCUGUAUUUAUUUCAGACCGUGAUCUUGGGCUAUGUGCGGCUUUGAGAGAAGUCUUUCCAGGGACGUCACAUUUACUUUGUCUAUGGCACAACAACAGAGAUGUGGAGGCUAAGGUGACGAAGAUGUUCGGAAACAAGAAGGUUGGUGUCAGUUUUAGAGCUGGCAAAUGGUUCAAAAUCGUGUAUGCAACAACACAGGAGGAGUACUCCCAAGCAGACGCACGAGACAUUUGAAGGUCCCGGGUCAAGGUACCCUGCUGUGGCUGAAAGCACGGAAAGUACUCGUAAAUCCACGCUUACAGAAGCGUGAGACAACCAGCAAUCGAAUCAGCACCUUUCCGUGAUGCCGUGCCCAGUUGCCGAUACAAGUAUGCCAGUGCAGCUGUUCCCCAAGCAUACUCGUUAAUAGGGACAUCCAUGUAACAUUGCUCGUGGAGGAAGGAAGGAUGCGUACGGCUACCACUUUUGUCUACAAACAGUGUACCUCCAAGCACUAACCACAAGUAUCCAUUAAGCUGAUUACUAAACUCCCGGUCAACCGCCAAUGUCGACUCAAAAAUCUUAUCAGUCAACACCCCACUACCCUGCCAAAUGGCCUUUGUGCCGCAAAUCUCAGACAAAUCAUCUGGAGUCAUAUCCAUGGUGAUCGAGCACGCGUCCCGUAACAUGUCCGUGCUAGGAGUAGUGGUGACCAUAUUGCCUGCGACACGUAACCCAAGUAUGUUGUACACGUCGUGCAACAAGAUUGUAAUCUCCCCAAAUGGCAUGUGAAAGGUGUUCGUAUCUGGCUGCCACCUCUCAACAAAAGCAGAAAUCAACGGCCAAUCAAGUCUUUUAAACAUCAGGCCGGGCGAGUGAGACAACCAACUAGCAUCAAUCGCCCCGAGGUCCUCCACAGAUUGAGACCUCGCCAAGUGAACAAGUCAGAACAUAACUUUGUCCUACUGAAACAGCGCAAAACACUACGCUCCUUCUCGAUCCAGAUAUACCGUGCCACGUGACCGCCAAAACUAGGGAUAACAGACCCAUCCUCAGGACCACCCGGCAUCGGUUCCUGCACUAACCAUGCCUCUACAGAGCUGGUAGUAAGCUGACUCGAUCCACUACCAACAAAUCUCCCAAACUGACCCCUAUAUGGUAAUCCUGAGGGUCCUGUUCUUCAUCCCGGUCACCAGCAUGACUAGCCGAGCAUUCGUCUUCCUCGUCAGAUAUGGGUGCUCCACUUGCAGAGUACAAGGGCCGACUACUACCAGACUGUUGGUCUCCCGACCAACCACUAGUAGACCCGUAUUGCUGCUGCUCGGGCUGAAGUGGUGCUAAACGAGAUGUCUGUCUCCUAACAGACGCAUUCAGACGUCGUGAUAUUGCAUGUAGAGCACCAGAACCCUCGAUCUACAUAAAAUAAGUACAAAAUUCGAUUUUAGUAAUAAUAAUAAUAAUAAUAAUAAUAAUAAACAAUAAUAAAAAA